CCACGCGACUAUAAAAGUGAAGUGCAAAUGUCAGAUCUUAGAGCACCGAAGCGAAAGCGGUAAAGUAACCAACUGCAGUUAGUUAUCCUUUUGCGCCGCCCGAAGUUUUCGAUGAAUCUGUCAAAUUUCCUUCUGCUGGCCCUUGUGGCUUCUGCUGCUAUAUGCGUCGGAUCGGGCCACAGAAUCACCAGGCCCAAGCUUCCACAGGAGUCCUGCAAAGGUAUCACCACAACCCCGUCACCUCUCUGUAAACUGACAACCACUCCACCACCACCACCACCAUGUGAAACUACCACUAAACCACCUUGUGUUAUCGUUACUACAACAACAAUUGAAACACCUUGUGCCCCAACCACUACGACUACAACUUGCGCUCCUACAACUACAUCAACAACCACUACAACAACAACCACUACAACAACCACGACUACAACAACCACGACUACAACAACCACUACCACAACGACAACUUGCGCUCCUACGACUACAUCAACAACCACUACAACAACAACCACUACAACAACCACUACCACAACAACCACGACAACCACAACCACUACCACAACAACCACGACAACCACAACCACUACCACAACAACCACAACGACAACUUGCGCUCCCACAACAACAUCAACAACCACAACUACCACUACAACGACAACAACAACUACCACAACGACAACCACGACAACAACUACACCAUGCGGUCCUAUAAUUCCAUCAACCGAAUCCACAACAUCUACACCUCGUAGUGAUGAUUUAACAACUCCACGUCCACCUUGCAAUGGUGAAUCAAAGUCUACGACACCUGGUCCAAAUGAUGUAACAACUCCACCUUCUCCAUCAAAGUCUACGACACCUGGUCCAAAUGAUGUACCAACUCCACGUCCUCCAUGCAAUGGGGAAUCAAAGUCCUCCACACCUGGUACAAAUGAUGUAACAACUCCCCCUUCUCCAUCAAAGUCUACGACACCUGGCCCAAAUGAUGAAACAACUCCACGGCCUCCAUGCAAUGGGGAAUCAAAGUCUACGACACCUGGUCCAAACCAAUCAUUAUCCACGGAGUCAAACAAACCAACUACCUCUAUUGAUGAUGUACUAACAACACCAUGCGCUCCAACAACAACAUCAACAACCACUACAACGACAACCACUACAACGACAACCACUACAACGACAACCACUACAACAACAACCACGACUACAACAACCACAACCACUACAACGACAACUUGCGCUCCCACAACUUCAUCAACAACCACGACCACCACAACCACCACAACCACCACAACCACGACCACCACAACCACGACUACCACAACCACCACAACCACAACCACGACCACCACAACAACCACAACGACAACAACUACCACAACGACAACAACUACACCAUGUGGUCCUAUAAUUCCAUCAACCGAAGCUACAUCUACACCUCGCAGUGAUGAUGUAACAACUCCACGUCCUCCAUGCAAUGGGGAAUCAAAGUCCUCCACACCUGGUCCAAAUGAUGUAACAACUUUCCCUUCUCCAUCAAAGUCUACGACACCUGGUCCAAAUGAUGAAACAACUCCACGCCCUCCAUGCAAUGGUGAAUCAAAGUCUACGACACCUGGUCCAAAUGAUGUAACAACUCCACGUCCUCCAUGCAAUGGUGAACCAAAGUCUACGACACCUGGUCCAGACCAAUCAUUAUCCACGGAGUCAAACAAACCAACUACUUCUAUUGAUGAUGUACUAACAACACCAUGCGCUCCAACAACAACAUCAACAACCACUACAACGACAACCACUACAACGACAACCACUACAACGACAACCACCACAACGACAACCACUACAACAACAACCACGACUACAUCAACCACAACCACGACAACGACAACUUGCGCUCCCACAACUACAUCAACAACCACUACAACAACAACCACAACCACGACCACCACAACCACCACAACCACAACCACCACAACCACGACCACCACAACCACGACCACCACUACCACGACCACCACAACAACUACACCAUGUGGUCCUAUAAUUGCAUCAACCGAAGCUACGACAUCUACACCUCGCAGUGGUGAUGUAACAACUCCACGUCCUCCAUGCAAUGGGGAAUCAAAGUCCUCGACACCUGGUCCAAAUGAUGUAACAACUCCCCCUUCUCCAUCAAAGUCUACGACACCUGGUCCAAAUGAUGUACCAACUCCACGUCCUCCAUGCAAUGGUCAAUCAAAGUCUACGACACCUGGUCCAAAUGAUGUAACAACUCCACGUCCUCCAUGCAAUGGUGAAUUAUCCACGGAGUCAAACAAACCAACUACUUCUAUUGAUGAUGUAAUAACAACACCUUGCGCUCCAACAUCUACAUCAACAACCACUACAACGACAACCACGACUACAACAACCACUACUACGACCACCACAACCACCACAACCACCACGACCACCACAACAACUACAACGACAACAACAACUACCACAACGACAACAACUACACCAUGCGGUCCUCUAAUUCCAUCAACCGAAGCCAAGCCUUCUACACCCCGUAGUGAUGAUGUAACAACUCCGCGUCCUCCUUGCAAUGGUCAAUCAAAGUCUACGACACCUGGUCCAAAUGAUGAAACAACUCCUCGUCCACCAUGCAAAGGCACAACCCCCGCUCCACCAACGCCACCACCACCACCUCCCUGUACCGAGACCACCACUACCGCCUGUCGUCAGCCCACAACACCACCUUGCACCGCUGAGACAUCUCGAUUCCAGAAGUCAACGAGUGAGGGGCUAAUUGAUUUGAUUCCCAAACCGUUGAGGAAUCUCUUUGCCAGCAACAGUCCGGUAGGCAGCAGUGCCAUGUGCGCCGGUCGUGCUGAGGGCAGUCUGGUUCGGGACCCAAAUCACUGCAGACGGUUCUACGAGUGUCGUGAGGGUCGCCGCUUGCUCCGAAAGUGUCGUGCCGGUCUGUGGUUCGACUCCGAGGCCGGUGAGUGCCGUGCUCGCAGCCUUGUACUAAACUGCCCGGCCCAGCGAAACUAAACCCCCAGCGAACUCCACCCCCUGGAUUGACGAUAGAGCUUGCGCUGCAACUUGUAUUCCUAACCAACAGUAACCACCACUCAAUAAAUAGCAUAUUAAUCGCAGCAGUA